ACCAAGGCAAACGUUUUCCCCUCCUUGUGUGUCUCCAACAUGGAUGUUUUCCAGAGCAUUUUAAAAUUUCUUCUUAACCAAAAAACCGCUAUUGGCUACAGUUUCAUGGCUUUGCUCACCGUGGGAAGCGAGCGUCUCUUCUCGCUGGUGGCGUUUAAGUGCCCCUGCAGCGCUGAGAACACAGCCUAUGGGCUGGUUUUCCUCUUUGCCCCUGCCUGGGUGUUACUGAUUCUUGGAUUCUUUCUGAAUAGCAGGGCAUGGAGACUCUUCACUGGCUGUUGCAAGAACCCCAAAAGAAUCUUCCCCAGGAGACAAUGCUGCCGCUUCUUCUAUCUCCUGUGUCACAUCACACUGAGUUCCCUGGUGGCCCCAGUGAUGUGGCUCUCUGUGGCUUUGCUUAAUGGGACGUUUUAUGAAUGUGCUGUGAGCGGGACAAGAAGCCCAGGGAUCCUGGAACUGAUUUGUAAGGGCAAGCCCAAAGAGUGCUCAGAAGAACUGUACAAAGUCUCCUGCGGCAAAAGUAGCAUGGCACCCGUGGACAAUGAGGAGGUGAAGCUGUCCCUGCAAGCCCAGUCUCAGAUUCUAGGAUGGUGCCUGAUUUGUUCAGCAUGCUUCUUCUCUCUGCUGACCACUUGUUAUACACGCUGCAGAUCUCAUGUCAGCUAUCUGCAGCUGAGUUUUUGGAAGACGUACGCACAGAGGGAGAAGGAGCAAUUGGAGAACAAACUCCUGGAAUACGCCAACAACCUGAGUGAGAGGAACCUCAAAUGCUUUUUUGAAAACAAAAAUCCAGAUCCUUUCCCCAUGCCCUCCUUUACUGCCUGGGAGGCUGCAUCCGAGCUGCAUUCAUUCCACCAAGACCGUGAGCACUACAGCACCCUUCACAAGGUAGUAGAUGAUGGUCUGGAGCAAACUGCCCAAGAAGAGGAGACAACAAUGAUCCUCGUGGGAACCGCCCAGAGGAUGUGAGUCCUCCACCCUCACUGGCUCAGGGGUCCAGCAGUACAGACAUUCAGAGGGUCUCCUGCUGUCUGCACAACAACCUGCGCCUCUGCAUUUUCUCACCAUCAGAGCUGCUUUGGAAGACAACAGCACAGGGGAAAACUGUCUCUGAGCACCAUGUCUGGAUGUGCUCAAACUGGUGCUGAGCGAAGACAAAGACACUUGGAGUUGGUGGAGGGUUGGUCCAGGAGGCCCAAUAGUUGCUUCAAGCUCCAAGGUUGUAUGACUCAGCCUUCAGAGUCUGGCAAGGUGGUCUGCUGUGCCUUGCAAGUAUUUGACACGGUUCUGGGGGAAGUACCCUGCUGGAAGCCUUUCCAAAGUAUAUCCAACACCUUUCAAUUUGGAAGGAAUUCUACCAUUUGGCUAACACUCCUUUCUACAAAAUACCCCCACUCUCAAGAAUCACUAACUGCAAGAAUAUGAUGUCUAAAAGUCAAAGGUUCCCAUAUUUUCCCCAAAUUCUGAAAGCCUGCCCCCAGUCCUCAUGACUGCUGUGAGUGGCUGGCACUUAUGCCUCCAUGGACCAAUUUCUACAUUCAAAUGACAAUCACAAAAGACACACAUUCAAGACUGCAUUGAUAUAAACAUAAAGACAUUAAUAUUGUAUAGUAAAAACACUUUU